UCUGCAGGGAGAGAAGAACUGUCCUCCACCCCCAUCAGCAACCUGAUACCGGAGACAAGCGGUCCAGACAAGCCUGCAAACGAGGCGUUCCCAGCCGCCCUGCCUGCCUGCCCGUCUGUCUGUCUGCCCGCCCGCCCAGCAAAGCUACGGACCGUCACUUCCAUAAAAACGCUGCCGAAGAUUCGUCUCCUCCCCCCGUCGUCUGUCUGCUACCACCGGGAUAAUGAUGUCCCUAUCCACAAACGAGAAAAGCUCACUAUAGGCGCGGUUUACAUGUGAAUGAUUUUUUCCUCCUCCACGAAGAUCGUGAACUACUAUGGGACAUGAAAAACUAACUGGCUGCCUAUUAGGCUAACGCCUGUUAGCUUCCACAGCAGUCGGUUUACAACCGAAUCGAGCUAAUCGGCUACGGUUUAGAUGGGUGAUUCCUGGCUGAUUUGUCGAAAGAGUGGAUGUUUUUCGAAAGUGUGCAACUGAGAAUGCUUUUUUUUGCUGAUAAGGUAGUUGCACUUGUGUUACUGUUCUGCGGUAUUUGCAUUAUUUGCCUAAGUUUUCCAGAGCCAGACGGUCGUCAUGGACAGCUAACAUGUUAGCACGCAGAAAUGGACGUUGUUCGCUGGUUGGUUUUAAAUGGCAGAUGCGAAAAACAAGUUAGCUACAUGGUUUAUCCACACGCUCUGUACUGAGUCGACAGCGAGAAUAACUUAACUCCAAGUUAGCAGUUAAUGUUACCUUUCGAAUCACUCGAACUGACCGAAACUCAACGGCGCAGUUUUUUUUCUUUCCCAUCAAUCCUCAAUGCGUAGUUCCAUACAUGACAGAGCAACUCAAUUCAUUGAGCUGACGUGAGUAAAUAAAAGGGACUGAACAUACAACACAGUGAUGGCUGGGGGGAAAAGAAGAGGACCAGGACAAGUAAACCCCCGACUUGGAGGAGCUCCAGCUACAAGACCAAAGCCAAUAUCCACUGUCAUGGCUGACGGCCGAAUUACCAUGAAAUCAUUCGCUAAAUUCGUGUAUUGCCUGACUAUUCUUCUCACCUCUGUGGCUGCGGCGCAGGGCGAGGAAAGGGAGUGUGCCUUCACAGAUCAGCAGCAGCAGUGGCAGGUAGAUCGAGUGGCCGGGGGCGAAGGUCGAGUCUCCCCAGAGAACACCACCAUCCGCUGUGCCAAGGGCAGUCACUGUUUUGGCUUGUGGGAGAAAAGUCCUCCAGGCGAAGUGCGACUGGUCAAACAAGGGUGUUGGACUCACCUUGGAGACCACCAGGGUUGCCGUGAAGACCGAUGCGUGGUGACCAACCUCCCUCCGCAGAUCCAGAAUGGGACGUACCACUUCUGCUGCUGCGGGAGUGACAUGUGCAAUGUCAACUUCACGGAGGACUUCCCAUUGCCCAGCCCCACAUCUGCCCAAUCAAUCUACCCACGCACGCUGCGCUACGAAGAGACGGUAAUUAUCGCCCUGGCAACAGUCUCCGUGUUGGCUGUGCUUGCUGUAGCAGCCUUCUUUGGUUACCGCAUGAUGCACGGAGAUGGCAAGCAAGGCCUUCACAACCUGAAUAUGAUGGAGGCUGCUGCCUCGGAGAGUUCUCUGGACCUAGACAAUCUGAAACUGCUGGAGCUGAUUGGACGUGGCAGAUACGGAACAGUAUACUGUGGCUCUCUGGAUGAACGGCCCGUUGCCGUGAAGGUGUUCACUGCUGCCAACCGCCAGAACUUCCUCAAUGAGUGCUCCAUCUACCGGCUACCACUGCUGGAGCAUGACAACAUCGCUCACUUUGUAGCAGCUGACGAGCGCACGGGCUCAGAAGGACGCACAGAAUACCUGCUGGUCAUAGAAUACUACCCACAUGGCUCUUUGAAUCGCUACCUGAGUAUGCAGACCAAUGACUGGGUCAGCAGCUGCCGGCUCGCUCACUCUGUCACUCGUGGCCUUGCGUACCUGCACACCGAGCUCUUUAAAGGAGACUUGUACAAGCCUGCAGUUUCCCACAGGGACCUGAACAGCCGGAAUAUUCUGGUCAAAGCUGACGGCACAUGCGUCAUCAUCGAUUUCGGCCUGUCCAUGAAGCUGACUGGAAACAGGCCCGCGCGUCACGGCGAGGAGGAAAACGCUGCUAUUAGUGAGGUGGGGACAAUCCGUUACAUGGCUCCAGAGGUGCUGGAGGGCGCCGUCAAUUUAAGGGACUGCGAGUCAGCGCUAAAGCAAGUGGAUAUGUAUGCUCUGGGCCUGGUCUACUGGGAGACCUUCAUGAGAUGUACUGACCUUUUCCCUGGAGAAUCUGUGCCAGAGUACCAGAUGGCCUUUCAGGCAGAGGCAGGGAACCACCCAACAUUUGAGGACAUGCAGGUCCUGGUAUCCAGGGAGAAGCAACGGCCUAAAUUCCCCGAAGCCUGGAAAGAGAACAGUCUGGCGGUUCGCUCUUUGAAAGAGACAAUGGAGGACUGUUGGGACCAGGAUGCAGAGGCUCGUCUCACAGCGCAGUGUGCUGAGGAGCGAAUGGCGGAGCUGCUCCUCAUAUGGGACCGCUCCAAGUCAGUGAGUCCAACGCUCAACCCCAUGUCCACGACUCUACAUAAUGAGAGAAAUCGUAUGACGCCAAAGUCCGGCCCGUACGCAGACCAUCCAUCUACCUACAUUGAAGAGCAUGAGGGUGUGGCCAAGAACACUCAGACUGACACCACUAGUUCUGUGAGUGGUAGAGCUGUACCUGGGACUGGAGAGAGAAACAGGAAUUCAAUCAAUCAGGAACGCCAGCAGCAAGCCAAUACUCGUCUGCCCAGCCCAGAGGGCAGCAGUACCAGCAUGGGUCUGAGAGGAAGUCCUUCAACCUCCACCACCACCACCACCAUAAUCUCUGAGUCUGAGGGACCUGUAGGGGCAGCCACCGUCCCGGUCUGCCUCCACCUGACUCAGGAAGACCUGGAAACCACCAAGCUUGAUCCAAAAGAGGUGGACAAGAACCUGAAGGAGAGCUCAGACGAGAACCUGAUGGAGCACUCACAGAAGCAGUUCUGCUCACCAGACCCACUGAGUCCUGGUAGUUCCAGCUUACUUUAUCCUCUGAUCAAGAUGGCCAGUGAAGCAUCCGGCACACCGGACCCUGCUGCCCCCAUACCCACCACCAUCUUCCCUCUCCCCAAGCAGCAGAACCUGCCCAAGAGACCGUCCACCCUGUCUCUGCGCACCAAGCCCGCCAAAAAGGAGUCGUCGUCAUCCUCACUCAGGUUCAAGUUUGGACGCUCGGGCAAAUCCAACCUGCGGCAGGUGGAGGGAACAAAGAGGAACAUUGGUGCUGGAACAGGCACAAACACAGCGGUAGAGGCUCACCGGGGCACAGGCACAAACAACAUACCUGUUCUACGAGACAUGCAUGUCAACGGCAGUGUUAAUGGUGCCGCUAAUGGCCAUGCCAGCUCCAGUAUGUCAUCCGUGGCUGCAGAUGGAGCAACAGGUUUUGGAGGGUCCAUCAUUACUCAGAACGGGUCUGGAGUCCUGAGGUCGGACGACAGCCGCCUGAGCCUCGGCGUCAUCACAGCCAGCCCCGACGAACAUGAGCCACUUCUGAGCAGAGAGCGAGAGCAAUCUGAUCCGAGAGAUGCAUCCUCGAGCGCCGCCACCCUCCGCUCAGCGCGACCCAACACCAACAACAACAACAGCAACACUGGCCAAGGCCAGGGGGACGGAGAGAGUGGUGGAGAGAGUGACGGUGCAGAGGAGAGUGGGAGUGGAGAUGCAGGAAACAGGGAAACUACAGGGCCUCCAGGAGAAAGCUUAGGGUCUGGGUCUGGUGCAGUGGAGGACGCACCGGUCACCAUGAGGGGGGAGGCGCUGCUCCGGCAGCCCAGAACCCGCAGGCCUGAGAGACCCAACUCCCUGGACCUAUCCUUCACAACACAGGACCUGACCUCGCUAGGGGGAGGUUUAGUACAGCCCGACGGAGCCUUGGGGACAGGAGAUAAAAUCAAGAAGCGCGUCAAAACACCGUAUUCCCUGAAGAAGUGGCGACCCACCACAUGGGUCAUCUCCACAGACACCAGGGGGCCGGAGGUCAACAACAACGGCUCCACUCACAGUCAGGGCCACAGUCAUAAUCGGCCCAAGUCCAGUUCAGCUGUAUACCUGCGGGGAAGCAGCUUAACCAGCGAGCCCAGCGACACACAUGUGUGAACUCAGACCCUGUGACAAUACUGAAAAAGAGAAAUUAAAAAAUAAGCAGAGCGCAUUUGGUUUCUGUCAGUUGAGCUCUGAAUCAGCAACAGGAAGCUAUGCAGUGUCUUUUGAACAAACUGUUGAGUCAGAUUGUGUACAGUAAUUAGGUUUGUCUCACUCUUGCGUGUCUUUCUGAUGAUGGCAUUGCUUUAAAUGGAAUCCAGCUAUGCAGCAUUCUCGUCCACUUCUGUUUCUGCGUUUUUAUUAAUCUCCUUCUGUCGUUGGUUUCAUGUUUCACCCUUGUGAUCACAGCGAUGUUAUUGAAUCCUCCUUUUUAAUGUUUUU